CCUAUCUGGGUUUUUUAUGGGAAGAUUUUUGAAUACUUAAAUGUUGAUUACUAAUUACUGUUUUAAAAGCUCUGAUAGAUCAAACAGAACCAGCCUGCAGGCUCCAUUUGUCCCACUCGCAACUCGGUACAACCUGUGCCUUAAAAUAUGGUUUCUUUUUAAUUGUAAUAAAUAAUAUAAAAAUAAGUAAUUUAAAUGUCAGAAUUUUGACUAGACCAGGUAGACAGAAUUGAGUUUUUUACUCAAAUGUAGUUAAUGUAGAUGCAGUCAGAAUAUGGAAUAAACAGUGAUAUUGAGCAAAAUAAGUUGAAAAACAGAAAAAUAGUAAGUUUUAACAGUUGGAUUAUAUUAUUCUAGUCCAAGCUCUGCCAUGCAUGCUUUCUUUGAGUUUUCUUUGGGUUCUUUACAUCUCUAAACACAUCACUAAAUGUAUCUCUAAAUGUGUGUCUGGGUUCAUCCCACAAAGGGGCCUUGUGAAAAUACUGAGAAAUAAGUAGGCCUUGAGGGAGAAAAAGAAAAAAACACAUUUAUUUUAAGACCAGUUGCUAAUUUAAAAGUGAAAUGUAUUCCAGUGAAAGAAUAACAAUGUUUGGGGUAAGAAAUCGAAAAGAUUUUGUUAACAUUUUGUGAGAGUAUAAUUGUUAUUCUGGUGUAUUUUAGGCUUCAGGAUAUCUACUUUGUUCCUGUUAUGACAUUUAUAAAAAAAAAACAAAACUUCUAUUUUCAGUUGGAUGGAUUUAUUGCUCGAAACUGGGCCAGUCAAAAAUCAGCUUUGGGAAGUGCACUUGAUCCACUUGCUGAUAAAAUACUUAUCAGUAUCUUAUAUGUUAGCUUGACCUAUGCAGAUCUUAUUCCAGUUCCACUUACUUAUAUGAUCAUUUCAAGAGAUGUAAUGUUGAUUGCUGCUGUUUUUUAUGUCAGAUACCGAACUCUUCCAACACCACGAACACUUUCCAAGUAUUUCAAUCCUUGCUAUGCCACUGCUAGGUUAAAACCAACAUUCAUCAGCAAGGUAAAUACAGCAGUCCAGUUAAUCUUGGUGGCAGCUUCUUUGGCAGCUCCAGUUUUUAACUAUGCUGACAGCAUUUAUCUUCAGAUACUGUGGUGUUGUACAGCUUUUACCACAGGUGCAUCGGCUUACAGUUACUAUCAUUAUGGUCGGAAAACUGUGCAGGUGAUAAAAGACUGAUGAAAGUCAUCCAAUACCGUUAGCAAGGAAGCAAUAUGCAUCACUGGCAAUAGGGUCCGUGGAAAUCUACAAGUUUCCCUAUAUUGGUGUUCAGCUUGAAAAAGGACUUGUCAGGACCAACCGUGUCUUCAAAAUUUAAGUAAUGUGCGUUGAAAAUAAGCUUUGAUCAUGGUCAUAUGCAGAAUUUCCAAUGUAUUUUUAAAUACAAAUAAAACUAUAAUUUAGAAUUUUUAA